CUUAUGUCUACCAAUCUAUCUAUAGAUUUUGAAAAAAGCACAUACUAGUAUUACUAAAACAUGAAAAAUUGAGCAAUAGUAGUAUUUAAUUAUUAUAGACUUAAUAAUAUUCUGACCUUUUGGCUAUAGUGAUGAAGCAAAUCGAUGUGACAAGUUGAGUUAGCCGGCCAAGGUCGAUUAAGCCGGCAUUUGAAAGUGUGUGAUCUUUUCUUUUCUUUUUUUUGACCAAGUUAUAGUUACCAUUCUUUAAAAGAAAAUAUUUUUCAUUUGGAUACAUGUUCCUUAAACUUGUUCUGCACUUCAAUAUUCCAUAACACAACAACAACAUAACAUAGUACUAUACUACUACUACCAAUUAUGGGAUCCUCCUUAAGUUGCUGUGGCUCAGAGAAGGUUGAUGAAGUGCCAUCAUCAUAUGGUGCAGCUAACAAUACGUGGAGAAUAUUCACAUACAAGGAGUUGCAUACAGCUACAAAUGGGUUCAGUGAUGAUUAUAAGCUUGGUGAAGGUGGGUUUGGGAGUGUUUAUUGGGGAAGAACCAGUGAUGGUCUCCAGAUAGCAGUGAAGAAACUGAAAGCAAUGAACUCAAAGGCAGAGAUGGAAUUUGCUGUAGAAGUUGAAGUACUUGGAAGGGUUAGGCACAACAAUUUAUUGGGUCUUAGGGGAUAUUGUGUUGGCGAUGAUCAACGUCUUAUUGUCUACGAUUACAUGCCAAAUCUCAGUCUGCUUUCUCAUCUCCAUGGCCAAUUUACUGGUGAAGUGCAACUCAACUGGCAAAGGAGAAUGAGCAUUGCAAUUGGCUCUGCUGAAGGCAUUUUGUACUUGCAUCAUCAAGUCACACCCCACAUCAUCCAUAGGGACAUAAAGGCAAGUAAUGUUUUGCUUGAUUCAGAUUUUGUGCCUCUGGUUGCUGAUUUUGGAUUUGCAAAGCUUAUCCCUGAAGGAGUAAGCCACAUGACAACCCGUGUUAAGGGUACAUUAGGAUACUUGGCACCUGAGUAUGCUAUGUGGGGAAAAGUUUCUGAAAGUUGUGAUGUCUAUAGUUUUGGAAUUCUUCUGCUAGAGCUAGUAACUGGUAGAAAGCCGAUAGAGAAGUUACCUGGCGGGCUUAAGAGAACAAUAACCGAAUGGGCUGAGCCUUUGAUAACCAAAGGAAGGUACAAGGAUAUGGUUGAUCCAAAACUCAGAGGAAACUUUGAUGAAAAUCAAGUGAAACAAACAGUUAAUGUCGCUGCUCUUUGCGUGCAAAGUGAACCUGAAAAACGACCAAACAUGAAGCAAGUUGUUAGUCUUCUGAAAGGACAAGAACCUGAUCAAGUGAAAGUGACUAAGAUGAGAUUAGAUAGUGUCAAAUAUAAUGAUGAAUUAUUGGCACUUGAUCAACCUAGUGAUGACGAUGAUGAUUUUGAUGGAAAUAGUAGCUACGGUGUUUUUAGUGCUAUCGAUGUUCAAAAGAUGAAUGAUCCUUACAAGCGCGGUGAUAUCAAGAAAAUUGGCUAAAUAUAUGCAAUGUAAACAACUUAAAUGCUGUUAAGCCUUUUUGUUUAUUGGUAAUUUGAUUCAACUUUCAUGUAGAACUCUUCUGUAAUGACUAAUAGGUUCAUCUUAGACCAUCUUCAAAUUGAUAUUUAUUAUAUGUGUGUUUUCAUGUGACCACUUUCGAUGUUGAGAUCGGAUACUACAAUCCCAACUAACUUGGGAAAAUGCUCAAAUUGCAACAAGGAUGAGUACUUAAAAUUUCA